GCAAACUCCAAAGCAAAAGAAAAGGCAAAGAAAAAAAGGAGAUAUAAGUUAAAAAAACCCUUUAAUCUGAUUUUUUUAAACCAUAGAUUAAACAUAUUUCAAGCUUCUUGACCCCAUCUUGCUUAACAUAUUUCAACCAGGGUCUGAUCUACAAUAAGGAGAAGAUAAGAGGAUAUUUUUGGAGGAUUUUAAGCUUCGGAUUUUGGUUUUUUUGUUGGUUCGAUUAGGUUUUUGUUAGGAUUUUUCUCGGUUUUCUUAGGUUUGGGGAAAAUAUGAGAACUUCAUGGGCGGAUUCUGUAGCAUCUGAAACUGCUGUUUCAGACAACAAUUCCAUGCGUCGUCCAACUCGAUCCACUUAUGUCCCGCCCCACCUUCGUAACCGUCCUGCUUCCGACACACCUAACCUCUCAGGACCGGCUCCUGAGAAGGAAAGUUUUAACGGGACUGCUGGUGGGUCCCAAUGGUCCCUGUCAAACAUGGGCGGCGGCAGUGGUGGGACUAAGCCCGAGGACCGGCGUCAGAGUCAGGGGUAUGGCUAUACUGGAGCUGGACGAGGUGGCGGAAGCAGCGGCGGUGGCGCUUGGAAUAAUAGAAGUGGUGGUUGGGAUAGGAGAGAAAGGGAAGUAAACCCGUUUGGCGAUAAUGAUGACGCUGAUGCUAGGGACCAAGCAUUUAGUGAACAGGAGAAUUCGGGGAUCAAUUUCGAUGCAUACGAGGAUAUUCCUGUGGAAACUAGUGGUGAAAAUGUGCCACCGCCUGUAAAUACAUUUGCUGAGAUAGAUUUAGGGGAACAGUUGAAUCAAAACAUCAGGAGAUGCAAGUAUGUGAAACCAACUCCGGUUCAACGACACGCCAUUCCUAUGGUUUUAGGAGGAAGAGAUUUGAUGGCUUGUGCUCAAACAGGGUCUGGGAAGACGGCUGCGUUCUGCUUUCCAAUUAUUAGUGGAAUUAUGCGUGAGCAGUACGGACAGAGACCCCGCGGAGCACGGACCGUUUACCCUCUUGCGCUCAUACUAUCUCCGACAAGGGAACUUUCUUGUCAAAUACACGAUGAGGUGAAAAAGUUCUCUUAUCAAACGGGUGUUAAGGUUGUAGUUGCCUAUGGAGGGGCACCAAUUAAUCAACAGUUGCGAGAGUUGGAGAGAGGAGUUGAUAUUCUCGUGGCAACUCCAGGACGCUUGGUUGAUUUGCUUGAGAGGGCUAGAGUGUCCUUGCGGAUGAUAAGGUACUUGGCACUUGAUGAGGCAGAUCGCAUGCUUGAUAUGGGUUUUGAACCACAAAUCAGAAAGAUAGUGGAGCAAAUGGACAUGCCUGAUCGGGGUAUGAGACGGACAAUGUUGUUUAGUGCCACAUUUCCAAGAGAGAUACAGAGGCUUGCGUCUGAUUUUCUUUCAAAUUACAUAUUCUUGGCUGUUGGGAGGGUUGGUUCUAGCACGGAUUUGAUUGUUCAAAGGGUUGAAUUUGUUCAUGAGUCUGACAAAAGAAGCCAUCUCAUGGAUCUUCUGCAUGCACAGAGGGAAAAUGGAGCUCAUGGCAAGCAAGCUUUGACAUUAGUUUUUGUGGAGACUAAAAAAGGAGCCGACUCAUUGGAGCAUUGGUUGUGCAUUAAUGGAUUCCCGGCGACCACCAUCCAUGGUGAUAGGACUCAGCAGGAAAGGGAACUAGCAUUGAGAUCUUUCAAGAGCGGAAAGACCCCAAUUUUAGUAGCAACUGACGUGGCUGCUCGUGGUCUUGAUAUACCCCAUGUAGCUCACGUGGUCAACUUUGAUCUUCCCAAUGACAUUGACGAUUAUGUCCAUCGUAUAGGAAGGACAGGUCGUGCUGGUAAAACAGGAUUGGCAACAGCUUUCUUUAAUGAAGGCAAUUCGUCACUGGCAAGGCCACUAGCUGAGCUAAUGCAAGAAGCAAGUCAAGAGGUACCUGCGUGGCUCACUCGAUAUGCAUCUCGGGCUCCUUAUGGUGGUAACAAAUACCGACGAUAUGGAGGGCGUGAUUUCAGAAGGGAGGGUUCAGUGGGUAGGAAUCUGGAUCACUACGGUGUAGUUGGAGGGAAUAAUGGUGCUGCAUACGCAGUUCCUGGGAAUUAUGGAGGAGGAUAUGCUCCAGGGGUGUCAAGUGCUUGGGAUUAGGUCCCUCUUUAUACUGGAUUAUAUAUUAUUUUUUUAGUAUUUCGUUCGAGUUCGAG